AUUUGGGUUGGAAGAGAUUCUAAAGAUGAUCUAGUUCCAAACCCCUGCCAUAGACAGGGACACAUUCCACUGGACCAGAUUGCCCAGAGCCCCACCCAACCUGUCCUUGAACACUUCCAGGGAUAAAAGGUCACAAUGAGGUCUCCCUGGAACCACCUCUUCUCCAGGCUAACAGCCCCAACUCUCUUAGCUUGUCUAUGGAAAAGGGGUGCUCCAGCCCUUUGAACACCUUUGUGGCCCUCCUCAAAGACAACCAAGGUAGCUUUUACCAGCUUGGAGACACUCUGCCUGUUAUUUUCCUACUCAGGGAAAGGCGCUGCCUGGAAGACUGAGGGAACUCACCUCACAGGGUUACACUGAAAGGAGAGUCAAUGUGCACAAGUUGCAACACAAGAAAUUCUGGAAUGGACAGAAGGACAAAAGCUUCUUGCCCUUGAAAACAGUUCAGCAGACAUUCCUGGAGAAGAGAAAAAAAAAAGUUUGAAUGAGGAAUUGAGCAACCUGAUGUAGAUUUUAAGUUAGGCCUACUUUGGAAAUGCUUCAAGGACCAUCAGAAGAUGUGUUUGCAAAGAUGGAAAAUUCAGUUGAAGACAUGGAUACCUCCGAUACCCAGUGGGGCUGGUUUUAUUUGGCUGAGUGUGGUAAAUGGCAUAUGUUUCAGACUGACUCAAACAGUCACUGCUCUAUUAGCAGUGAAGAUAUUGAAAGGAGUUUCCGAACAGACCCUCAUGGAUCACUUUCCUUUACCACUGCAAAGUUUAACUACACUCUGGACUUUUCAGUGAUGAAGCAAAUCAACCUAACUACCCUCAAACAACGUCCAAUAAAGCGAGCUCCCUUUGCAAUCAAUUCAUUCAGUUUCAUCUGUGAAAAUGAGGCUAUCCCUAUGCCUUCACACUGGGAGAAUGUAAAUACUGAGGAGCCAUACCAGCUUAUUCCAUUGCAAAAGAAAACAAAUGAAUAUAAUGAAGUUUCUAGUCUCUUUGGAAAAACAAUGGAUAGCCACCGAAUUAAAAGAAUUAAGAGAAUACAAAAUCUAGACUUGUGGGAGUUUUUUUGCAGGAAAAAAGCUCAACUGAAGAAGAAAAGAGGUGUCCCAACAAUUAAUGAGCAGAUGCUGUUUCAUGGCACAAGUAAUGAAUUUGUAGAAGCAAUAUGUAUUCAUAAUUUUGACUGGAGAAUAAAUGGGAUGCAUGCUGCUGUGUAUGGAAAAGGGACCUAUUUUGCAAGAGAUGCAUCAUAUUCCAGCCAUUUCUGCAAAGAGAGCAUGAAGCAUGGAGAUACUUUCCAGAUUCAUGGUGUGAACCUGCAGCCUCAUCUGCAUAGACCAGAUAAAGUCAUGUUUCUUGCUCGUGUAUUAACUGGUGACUAUAUCGGCGGCGAUUCAAAAUACAUGAGGCCUCCUUCAAAAGAUGGGAGCUUUGUGAACUUGUAUGACAGCUGUGUGGAUAACACCUGGAACCCAAAGAUCUUUGUCAUCUUUGAUGCCAACCAAAUCUACCCUGAGUACUUAAUAGAAUUUUGUUAAGUUUGAAUUGAGUAUUGUUUGUGGUUUUUUGAUACUUUUGUUCCUUUUGUAAAGACAACAACAUAGAAACAUGAUGCAUGAAAGAGAGGUGAAAGAAAAGUUGGCAUACAUUUAUGGAGGAGGGAAGCUAUUAAAUAUUUAUCAGAGACUGGUGAACUGUUUUUAAAAAUCUGUAAACUUUACUAAUGCAUUUUUCAAAUGUAGAGACUAUUACAAAUCUGAAGUUGCUUAGUGAGCCUUAAAUACAUUGAGCAUUGGUAAGUUUUCAAGGGCAAGACUUAUGUUUUGUUUUUCUAAAGUAUAUUAAAAGUGAUAGAAAUAUGCCUCUAAUAUAGUAUGCAUAUGAUGAAACUAAUCUUUUAUAAAGAUUGUCUAUAAAACAUAAAGUAAAAACAACAGCAAAACCCUA